AUGGCGAUCCAUGCUUUGAAUCCUCCUAGAACGAGUAGUGAUAUUGGCACAGUCAGCCAUAUAAGUGAUGCUGUGAAUGAACCGAACGAUAAUACAAUGGAGAAUGCAUACAUGCAUCCGGUGAUGCGGGAUCCCAAACCAAUAAUCUGGAUUCCGCAAGAUAAUUUAGGUAUUGCAGCAGAUGAAGUACAGCAGACUCGUGCUUCUGGAUUGGAUAUUUCUAUGUCAACUGACGGAGCACGAUUCAAUGAAAAAAAGAACAUUGAGAUCGAUGGUGCGCCUCCAGAUUAUGUUAGAACAGCAGAAUAA